AUGGAGAAAUUUCUUGUGAGGACCAACAAGCCAACCGACGCACCACCAGCUGCAAAAAAGCUUCGAAGGUACGAUGAAUCAUACCUGCAGUUUGGGUUUACAGUCACGGCUGAUCUGAGACCUCAGUGUGUCGUGUGUGCCGAGGUGCUGGCAAACGACAGUAUGAAGCCCUGCAAAUUAAAAAGGCACCUAGAAACAAAGCAUGCUGGCAUUAAAAAUAAACCGGCUGAAUAUUUUAAAAGAAAGCUUGAUGGCCUCCAUCAGCAACAGGCAACCAUUUCAGUGCACAGCACUGUGUCUAAACAGUGUUUGGAGGCAUCGUAUGUAGUGGCCAAAAGGAUCGGUAAACUGGGUAAACCGCAUACAAUCGCCGAGACUCUCAUUUUGCCGGCAGCGCAAGACAUGUGCAGGAUAAUGAUAGGCGAUAGUGCAGCAGCCAAACUCGGUGCAGUACCACUGUCCAAUGACACAGUCGCUAGGAGAAUUGUAGACAUGUCCAAUGAUAUCAGAGAGCAACUGAUAGAGUUUGUAAAAAUGAGUCCUUACUACGCGCUGCAGCUGGACGAAUCCACUGAUAUUGCUGGGCAGGCACAGCUCCUCACCUAUAUCAGGUAUCUGAGAGACAAGGUGAUUGAGGAGGAUGUCCUGUUUUGCCGGCCUCUUCAGUCGCACACUACAGGAGAAGCCAUUUUCAAUGUCCUUGAUAUUUUUAUCCGUGAAAAUGGGUUGGCUUGGGACCGAUGCGUUGGCCUAUGCACGGAUGGUGCGCAGGCUAUGACGGGGCGUGAGCGUGGCCUAGCUGCUCGGGUUCAGCAAGUAGCUCCACUUGUGAAAUGGACACAUUGCAUGGUCCAUCGCGAAGCACUAGCUGCUAAAAAAAUGCCGGUUCUCUUUGACUCCGUGCUGAACCAAUCCGUGAAAAUAAUAAAUCUAAUCAAAUCACGGCCGCUAAACUCUCGCUUGUUUGGGGUCCUCUGCCAGGAGAUGGGGUCAGGGCACGAACAGCUGCUUCUGCACACUGAAGUUCGCUGGCUCUCCAGGGGGCGGGUGUUACAGCGGUUGUAUGAGCUGCGAGAGGAGGUGAAGUGGUUUUUGACAGAAAUCAAAUCAGAUCUGGCGAAGCAUCUGGAUGACACUAUGUGGCUUGCAUCUCUGUCCUAUUUGGUCGAUAUAUUUGACCGCUUGAAUGGCCUCAACCUGUCUUUGCAAGGCCGCGAAACUCACAUUUUGCUCCUUGCGGACAAAGUGCACGCCUUCACACAAAAACUAGACCUCUGGCAUGGCCGCAUCAGUCGAGGGAACUGCGACAUGUUCCCCAGCCUUGCAGACUUUAUCACCAAUGCAGGCGCGUCACAUGAUUUCUCCUCCCUAUUUCAGUCAGCGUCUGAGCACCUGUCAGCAAUGAGAAAACAAUUUGCGACGUACUUUAAGGAGGAUUAUCGAUCUUUUGCGUGGGUUCGAGAUCCGUUUGUGUGCACAGCAAACGAGCUAUCAAUUGAUAUGCAGGAACAGCUUAUUGAGCUGAAGAGUGACAGUCGACUGAAGGAACUCUUUAGCUCCUGCCCUCUUUCGUCCUUCUGGGCAUCAUUGAUGCAGGAAUACGCUGAACUCUGGGUGCCGAACCUGCGGCCCGUGAGCCGCAUGCGGCUCUUUGCCUGCUCCUGUGAGGCUCUUACUGCGUGGCUGGGUUAA